AUGACCGACAAAUCCCUAUCAAUAUUACCUAACGAACCAUUGUAUCAUAUUUUGAAGUAUCUUGAUACACACUUUAUUAUUUUCACGUUACGUCGUAUAUCCAAACAAUUCUAUGAUAUUACCAAUCGUUAUAAUGGAUAUCUACUCGAUGUUAAUUCGAUAUCAUCAUUACAUUUGAAAAUCAUAUCACGAAUUAUCCGACCGGAAAGUAUAACUGCACUGAAGUUUCAUGACGAACCAAAUCAACAAAGUCAAAUUGGAUUAUUUUUCUCAAUUUUCAAUAUCGAUCAAUUGGUUUCAUUGAAAAUGAUUGUAGUGGGUGAUUGUUUUCAUUCGGAAAAUUAUCAACAUUUGCAAAAAGUUGUNCAAACAAUAGUUAUAGCAAAAUUCACUAUGGAUCAAUCUGGACCUUCAAAACACUGUUCACAAUUGUUAUCAUUGACAAUUGGUGAUAGUGUUUUAUCCAUGUUGGAUUUCGGAUUGCUUCUUUCGUUGACACCGUCAUUAAUCAGACUCAAUCUAAGAUCUUAUCGAACAACGUUGGAUUCAAUUAGCAAUGGAUCAGAUUGGUCCGACUUAAUUCAAACAAAACUAUCCAAUCUAAGAAUAUUUCAUUUUUUCUUUUCUUAUUCUUUAAAAGAAAGAAGCGAAGCGAAAGAUUUGGAUUUAUUGAUCAAUCACUUUCGAACUCCAUUUUGGUUGCAUGAAAAGCAAUGGAUUGUCACAUGUGAUUAUUACUUACACAACAAUCUGGUGAAUAUUUAUACAACACCUCAAUGCACCAUGGAUUUUGAAAAACAAAUACGCUGCAUUAAGUCAAAGCAAGCUUCUUCGAUUAUGCUAAGGUUUCAUUCAAUCGUUGAUUUGCUAUCAAUGACGAACGACGCUACAGAAUCAACUCCGUUGACGACAUUGAACUUGGAUGAUGAAAAUAUUCAAAUGCACGAUAUCAAAUAUUUGGCAUAUGCAUUACAAACGAAUAAAACAGUCAAACAUUUUACAAUGAAAAACAAUGCCAUUGGAGAAGAAGGAGCACGAUACAUUGCUGAAGCUUUACGAACGAAUACGACAUUGAUAUCAAUUGAUUUGGACGGAAAUCGAAUCGGAAAUAAAGGAGUACAGUACUUGGUUGAUGGAUUACAACACAAUACGGUUAUUCGGAGUAUCUUUCUUGGAGGGAACGAUAUUGGUGAAGAUGGCGCGUUGCACCUGGCUGAAGGAAUCAAGCGUAUGAAGACACUUACGACGCUUGGUCUAAAUGACAAUCAAAUUGGAACAUGUGGAGCAAAAUACCUGAGUGACGCUUUAAGAGAUAAUCAAGCCCUUGUUAUUUCCCAUCUUCUCCUACGGGGAAAUAAGCUUGGUGAUGAGGGUGUACAGAGUUUAGUUAAGGGCUUCAGAAAUAACACGACGAUUUCUCAUCUUCAUCUUGACAAUAAUGACAUUCGAGACGAAGGAGCACGGUAUCUUUUCGAAAGUUUAAUGAAGAACACGACACUUACUUUACUUACUCUCAAUGGAAACAAGAUUGGAAUUACUGGUGCACAAUGUUUAGCCAAUGCGCUCAGAAAUAAAAGGGAACUAAUUCAACUUGAUUUGAGGGAUAAUAAUCUUGGAGAUCAGGGUGUAUUACAUGUUAUUGAAAUUCUGCAAGAUAUGGAAACAUUAAAAUCACUCAAUUUGAGUGCAAAUGGAAUCAGUGCUGCAACUGCAGAACGAAUCUAUGAAUUAUUUCAAAAGAAACAUAGAUUGAUCUAUUUCGACCUGACAGAUAAUGACGAGUGUGCUGCUGCUGCAAUGAAUGCAGAUUUUCAACUUCGAAACAGCGAGAUACUCACACUGAAUCUGCAAUCGAAGAACAUAGGAGACAAAGGAGUUACAUUUAUUGCUGAUGCGUUGAAAAACAAUACCACACUUCGAGAGUUGGAUCUGCGAUCGAACAAGAUUGGAGAAAAGGGAGCAGAAGCACUGUCUUUUGCAUUACGCAAUAAUACAAUCCUGAAAAAACUAUGUCUUAGUGAUAAUGAAGAUGUCCGUUGUGAUAUUAUCGAGAUGAUUUUUAUUCGAACUAGAAAAAGAAAGACCCGAAAAAUCAUGUCAUUCUUAGGAGAGAAGAUGAAUGACUUCGGAAUUGAAUAUUUGCUCGGCACACUAAACAACAAUACAACUAUUGAAGAACUCGAACUCUCUGCCAAUGAAAUCACAGAUCAGGGUGUUCAGUUAAUCACCGAUUGGUUGAAAACUAACAGACCUCUUGAAAAACUCAGUAUCUGCUACAACUACAUCACUGACAUCGGAGCCGUAUACAUAGCUGAUAUGCUAAAAGAGAACACNGAACUCGAACUCUCUGCCAAUGAAAUCACAGAUCAGGGUGUUCAGUUAAUCACCGAUUGGUUGAAAACUAACAGACCUCUUGAAAAACUCAGUAUCUGCUACAACUACAUCACUGACAUCGGAGCCGUAUACAUAGCUGAUAUGCUAAAAGAGAACACAACUUUGAAAGUCUUGGAUUUAAGAUCGAAUAAAAUUGAGACUAAGGGUAUCGAAAGUCUUGCUGAUGCAAUGGAAACAAAUACAACACUUACAAAACUUGAUCUAGAAGGUAAUCGGAGCGAUCUGUGUAAAGCAUUAGAGCAAUCUGUGCAUAUCCGACAUGACAAAGAUUUGAAGAUAUUUAGAGCAAUACCGAGAUGUCUGGGACAUGAAGGAGCGAAAAUGAUUGGUCGAGGAUUACGGAAUCAUAUGUGUCUAACGGAAUUAUCUUUCGAUGACUGUAAAAUUGGAUAUGAAGGAAUAAAGUGCAUUUCUUCUAUUUUGAAAACUAACAAGUCAUUAACGAGACUUUGUUUCAAUGGCAAUCUGAUCGAAUGCAAAGGCGUACAGUGUUUGACUGAAACUUUACAACAUCAUUCCGCCUUAGCUAUUCUAGAACUUCAAUACAAUUCAAUCGGUGAUGAAGGAGCAAAAUAUUUGGCUGAUCUAUUAAAAACUAAUCGAAUGCUUACUACAUUAGAUUUACAGAGAAAUCUAAUAGGAUACCAAGGAGCUCAAUAUUUCAUUGAUGCAUUGAAAACCAAUACGAAUCUUCAAUAUCUGAAACUACGACACAACAAGAGUCCAGCAUGCGAAGCCAUAUCGAUCAUCCGUGGAAGUCUGCAUGUGGAACAUGAACGCGAUGUAGAUCUUGAAUGUUGCGGUGUCGGAGAUCGGAUAAUUGAAUACAUGUCAUCUCUAAUACCAACAGCGAAUAGAAUACAAUGCCUCAAUCUCAUUUCAAACAAUAUAACCGAUACUGGUGCUCAGUACUUAGCUACGGCGAUCAAACAAUCGACAACACUGAUCCAAUUAUAUCUUCAUUCGAAUGCUAUUGGAGACGAAGGAGCAUGUCACCUUGCUGAAGCAUUAAAAUAUAACCAAACGCUUUCUACGCUCCAUCUUCGUGGCAAUCAAAUUGGUCCAGCAGGCAUACGAGACUUGGAAGAUGUUAAACGAAUUAGAACAACACCAAUAGAAUUCGAUCUUAACAGUGUAAUUCAAUUGCUAUGUCCGCAAAGACAUCGGCUCAAGUUGUGCAACAGCCAACAACGUAAAAAGAACAAUACGGAAUCAUACGAAACGAAUGGAUAUAAAUGUGAUAUAUGUUCACAAGAAUUACUGUGUCUCUCAUGGCACUGCUCUUGUACAAUAACUGGAUUUGACAUUUGUGAAAGAUGUCCAGAUCGACAGGAAUAA